AUGUCGGCGGAGCUGUCGCCGAUCAAGUCGAAGCGCAUGGAGGAGAAAGCCUCACUUCAGAAACUCAAUUCACGGCUGGAAAUGUACGUGCUCGGCGUGAACGAGCUUGAAGGCGCGAAACAUGCCGCCGAGCGGGAACUGGCGAUCAUCAAGCAGCGGAUGCAGCAAGACCUUGAGCGCGUCCGCUCCAGAUUGACGAAAGAACUGGAAGACACACGCACAAAGCUGAACAAUGAAAUGGACCAGAACGCCCGUCUGCAGACGCUCGAGCAGGAACAGCACAAGGAACUGGUGAAAUUACGUGCCCAGCAGACGGAAUGGAGCGAAGCCAAAGUGAUGCUGGAGACGCUGAAAGCUCAACUCAUUGGCGAAAAAGCCAAUGCAAAAGCUGCUAAAGAGACGCUGUCGGAGCAAACGACGCUGUUAAAUGCCGCGCAGCGACGCGUCAAGGAACUGGAGCGGGAAACGCGCAGUCAGUCGGUAGCUCUGAGUGACGCGACGCAAGAAUUGGAGGAGCUGAAGAAGAAGAGCGCGGACUUUGACUUGACGCGAGAUGUUGAGCUGACGAAGCUUCGACGGGAGUGGACAGCAAAGCAAUUGGAGUCGCAGGCGCAGUGGAAGAAGGACGCGGAAGAUCGACUGCUUACGAUGGAGACAGAAGUGCGUAGUCACUUUGAGAGUGUCGUGAGCAGUUUGCAGAAUCAAUUGGAUGACGUGAAAAGCGAGCUUGAGAGCACAAAGCAGGAACUGGAUCGGACAGCAAAUGAUUACGAAGAGAGUCUCAAGGCACGACAGGCUCUUACGGAGAAAGUGGCGCAGCUGGAACGAGAUUAUCGUGAAGUGCGAUCCAAGGCGACAAAAGAUCGGAAAGCGUACGAAGAAACGCUGGAGCGAUUUCGGUCGUCCAAAGUCUCGAAAGAACGCGAGUUUAAUGAACUGAUGGAUGUGAAGAUUGCGCUGGAUGCUGAGAUUAUGAAGUAUCGCCGCAUUUUGGACCGUGAAGAAAGCCGUGUAGCCGGUGCUACGCCUAACUCAAAAAGUCGCAAGCGGAAGAGCGAGAACACGAAUGGGUUUCAGUCGAAGCGAGCAAAGCGCGCAGUUGUAUUUGAACGAGAAGGUUUGUCAUCGUCAGCGUCAGCGGUGGAAAUCGCUUCGCUGGACUUGGAAAAGGACCGCAUAGUACUAAAAAACACGAGUAGCAAAGCUGUGCCUCUGGGCGGCUGGGUCGUACGUGGCCUGAUGGACCAGACAUUCCGAUUUCCUGCCACUUAUGUGAUGCGGCCACACUCUACGCUGACUGUGCACUCUAGUAAACGCAACAAGAACGCAAAGGAUGAGCGCAAGAAAGGCGAGGACUCGUUUCUGGCGAACAAGUUCUCAUUGAACCAGAAGGGUGACUUCAUUGUGUUGGUGACGUCAGAUGACAUUCCUGUUAGCAUGAAAAGCGAAGGAUUGUCCGAAGAGGAAGCGCGCGCCAUUGAGGCGGACCUUCGUGCCGAUUACACGGAUGACGAAGCUCCUCCUUCUGGAAAUUGCUGCAUGAUGUAA